AGAAUAAUAAAAUAAAACAAGAUGGCGCAGAUAGAAGUUGAUCGAAGUUAUGUACGCGGGUCGUUAAAAGAAAAGUUAGUGUUUAAUUAUUUUAUUUAUUAAACAAAUACAAAUAUUAAUUUUAUCAUUACUUCAAUUACCAACAAUAAUAAUAAAUACUCAUUGUUUGUAUUUAAUAGUAAUAAAAGUUAUGAUUUUUAAUUAAGUAUGUAUGAAUAAAUAAGUAAUAGUGAUGUUAUGAAAAUAACAAAAAAAAAAUCUGAAAUAUAAUUUGUUUUAAUAUUUUAUCAAAACCUACGCAUUUUAAGAUAAAAGCAAACAUCUUUCUACAUAAUUAUUUCUUAGCUAUACGUGUCAUUUAUAUAUAAUUCGAAAAUGGGUCUACCGUGUGAUUGGCAAAUAUCAAAACAAAAAAUUUCUCAAAGAGGACGUUAUCUAUUGGAGUCUGGACAAUGGUCAGACUGUAAAUUUAUUGUGGGUCAAGAACCGCAACAACAAAUCCUUGAGGGUCAUAAAUUAUUUUUAGCGAUGUCUAGUCCUGUAUUUGAAGCUAUGUUUUACGGUAGUAUGGCAGAAAAAUCAGAUCCAAUUCCUAUUCGUGAUGUACAGCCAGAAGCAUUUAAAACAUUAUUAGAAUAUAUUUAUACGGAUAAAGUUGACUUAGGAUCAUUUGAAUUAGCUUGUGAACUUUGUUAUUGUGCCAAAAAAUACAUGUUACCGUAUUUAGUCGAAGAAUGCACAAAAUAUUUAUGGUCUGAUUUAUCACCAAAUAAAGCAUGUAGAGCUUAUGAAUUUGCUAAAUUAUUUGAAGAACCAGUAUUAAUGGAUAAAUGCUUACAAAUAAUUUGUACGAAAACGAAUGAAAUUUUAAACGAACCAAGUUGGGAUGAAGUUGAACUUAGUACAAUUAUUACGAUAUUUGAACAGGACGAGUUACAAAUUGAUUCGGAAAUUGAAUUAUUUGUUGCCAUUGAACGAUGGGCUAAAGCUGAAUGUAAUCGUAAAUCAUUAAAUCCAUCUGAUGCUAAAUCUUCAAGAUCAGUUAUUGGUAAUGUAUUAUCUAAAAUACGAUUUUUAACUCUUACUCCACAACAAUUUGCUGAAGUUCCUGGAAGAUCAAAUCUUUUAUCACGUGAUGAAGCAUUUGCAAUACUUAUGAAUGUAUCAUCCAGCGGAAGUAAUAUUCCUAUGCCUGAAGGAUUUUCAACUAAUCCAUUACAUCGAAUUAAACCUCGAAGGCUAUCAGGACUUCAUAGUGGUCGAAGUCAGAAAUACAAUGGAGUCAUAGGUCGACACGUUAGUCCAUCAAAUUUAUCAAACCACUGGCAAAUUUAUCCGUCUACAUCAUUUAGUCAUUCAACUCUAAUUGCUAAUCCAGAUACUGAUCGUACUGACAAUGACAGUUCGUGGUUAUCGUAUCCUGCAAAUGUUGAAUUCAAUGGAAGAAAAGAACUUGGUAGUUCUACUUCAAAUGAUAAUCUUCCUACAGUACUAGUUGAAGGUGGAAUCCGAGAUGGCCCUAAAUAUUAUUGCUUACGAUCAAUGGGACAGCAAGCAGAAUAUUUAAAUCCUGGAGUAAUGGAUUGCUCUGUAACAUUUAGUGUUGAUAAAAAUAUUUGUGUUAUUGGUGUCCAAGUUCCUACACAAGUUGCUUGUGAAGUAAAUGCUAAUCAAAUGAUGCGUUCUGCUGAUGGAACUUAUACGGAAAUUUUAUAUGCUCAUCUACUUGAUUCUGAUGGUUCUCGAUUAACUUAUACACACUUUACAACAAAAGCUACUACUGGUACGUUGGUAGAAAUUGGUUUUAACAGACCUGUUUAUAUUCAAAAAAAUAAGAUUUAUCGUGUUGGAGUUGUCUUUAAUAAGCCCGGAUGGUAUCCAAUAGGAGAUUGUGUUCAAAGAAUGACAUGUGAUACUGUAUUUUUUUCCUUUGGCGUUGGCAACAGUACAGAUAGCGUCAGAGAUGGUUUAAUUCGAUCAAUUGUUUUUACUUACCAUCAAUAAAUUUUAAGGAAAAUGGAAAGUUAAGUAUUUUUUUAAAUUGUGAUAUAAUAAAAAUAUGCCUUUUUUUUUUACUCUAAUGAUGAUUUUCAAUCAGAUCUUUGAGGUCGCUAUUAUUUAAUAUAAAUAGUUUAUAAAUUUAAAAUUUAAUUUUACAAAUGACUAAAAAAAUUGUAAAUUGUAAUGUACAAAUUAUUUAGUCCUAAUUAUUUUCAAUAUAUGCCUGUAAUACGUUAAAUAAGAAUAAUAAAUUAUUAAAUGGUACAAAAACAUGAAUUUAUCCAACAAAGGGUAUAGCCAGAUAGCAUGCCGAAUCGGCCUCCACAGAGUUUUUUAUCGACACUUCGGGAAUCGAUUUGGUACCAAACAAAAAAAAAUUCAGUCAAAACUUCAGCUCAGAAUCUCUAAUAGUUUUCGAGUUAUUCAAAAAAUCCUAUUUUUCAAUAUUGAUUUUUUUUUUCAAUAGUAAAAUAGGAAAUUAAUUAAAAGCGAUUUUAUUUUUAAAUAAUUACAAGCAAUAAUCAUAAAAAAAUAUUUUUGUUAUGACUCCCAAGUAAAAAAGCCAAUUUUUUAACAAAAGAAAGAAAACUAAAAUAUUUUUUUUGAAUGCGAUUUUGAAAACAUGCGAUAACCAAAUUUUGCCAGAAGACGUCUUUUACGUCCCUCUGUACACAGGAAUUUUUUUAAUUUUUUCGGUAAGACUUUCUUUCAACAAUUUCAUACUCUUUGAAUAGUAAACAAGUAUAUAAAUAAUCGUGUUUUCAAUAUAAAAUAGAUAUUACACUCCGUCGAUGAUGCCCAAAUUCUGAAAUAUGCGUAAAAAAUACAAUAAAAUCAUAUUUCCGCUCAUAUUUUUCAUAGAAAAAUUCUAAAACUAAUGUAACUAAUAGUUUUAGUAAAAUUCGAUCAGCCAAAAGACAGAUUUCAUCUGGAAAAAGUGCGUCGAGUAUGCAUCUAUCUAAUACUUGCCGAGUCAGUAGUAGCUUAAAUGUCGAUCCCCGAAGUGUCGAUAAAAUACCCCGAGGGGACCCAUUCGGCAAGCUUAUCCGGCUAUGCCCUUGAUUUAGUCGAAAAAGUUGAUAAAUUUAAAAAUAGUUUGUUGCUUUAUUUUUUAUUUUUAAUAUUUAUUGAUAAUAAAAUGAGUCGAAAAA